GGCCGCGGCCCGGAAGUAGGUCUUGGUCUCAGGCCGUUGAGCCAGCUCCGUGGUCUCCCCCGCCCGGCCGGCGUCGGUAGGCUUCUGUGGCCGACAUGGCCGACUCUGGCUCCCGCUACCCUCGCUCCUCUAUCGAGGAUGACUUCAACUAUGGCAGGGGGGCUGCCAGCAUUCACAUCCGAAUGGCCUUCCUGAGAAAAGUCUAUAGCAUCCUUUCUCUGCAAGUUCUUUUAACUACAUUGACCUCCACAGUGUUUUUAUACUUUGAGUCUAUACGGACAUUUGUACAUGAAAGUCCUGCCUUAAUUUUGGUGUUUGCCCUUGGAUCGUUGGGAUUCAUUUUUGCAUUGACUUUAAACAGACAUAAGCAUCCCCUUAACCUGUUUCUGCUUUUUGGGUUUACUCUGUUGGAAGCUCUGACCGUUGCUGUUGUUGUUACUUUCUAUGAUGUGUAUAUUAUUCUGCAAGCCUUUAUACUGACUUCUGCAGUAUUUCUUGGUUUGACUGCAUAUACUCUACAAUCUCAGAGAGAUUUCAGCAAAUUUGGAGCAGGGCUAUUUGCUGUUUUGUGGAUUUUGUGCUUGUCAGGAUUUUUGAAGUUGUUUUUUUACAAUGAGACAGUGGAGUUGGUCUUGGCUGCUAUGGGAGCUCUUCUUUUCUGUGGAUUCAUCAUCUAUGACACACACACACUGAUGCAUAAACUAUCACCUGAAGAGUAUGUACUAGCUGCUAUCAAUCUCUACUUGGAUAUCAUCAAUCUAUUCCUGCAUCUACUGCGGUUUUUGGAAGCAGUCAAUAAAAAGUAACUAAAAGCAGUAUGUAGAAACUGUUUCAGUCAGUAAUAAAGUUGGAGAUGCAAUUAAAUAGAAGAGACUUUUAUGAUCUUGCUUUGUAUUCUGUACUUUGAAGGUUUUAAACUUAUACCAUUCCUUAUGAUACCACCUUUUUAAAUUCUUGAUUUAGAAUCUCACAUAAGGGAUAUGAAAAGUCUUUUUUUUUUAAAUUCUCAAUUGGCCAUACAUAACUAUUCAUUUGCAAUUUAAAAGUAAUUUUAUGAGUAGAUUAAAGGGUGUCAAUUUACCUUGUCUAGUGACUUUAUAUAAAUUUUCCUUGAAUUAUGAAGUAACAUUAGACUUGAUGUUGAUUCUAAAGUAGUAAUAUCUUUACCAUCAUAAAAUGUGAAUGUCCUUUUGCUGGAUUUUAAUUUCAUUUAGAAAGAAAAAAAUAUAAGAGAUAAGUUCUAUAAAGAAUGAUUCAGUAUUAAAAUUAUAUAAAUAUAUUAAUAACAGUUCAUUUUCAAAUGACAUAUUAAAAAUUAAAAGUCUGCUUGACAUAAAAUUUGACUUUUUUUUGACAAGUUUCAUUUUACAAUUAUAACAUGCUAAUAAGUUUUGAGAACCCAAAAUGAACUGGUUAAGUAUAUACAUUUUAAAAUAAACAUAUUUGGAAAAUAGUGUCUUGUGGGUUUUUUGGUGUUUUGGUACCAUGGCAUGUUAGGUCAGCGUUCUGGUGUCCCAUUGACAAUGAACCUUCAGCAACUUCUCUCACUGUGUUAGUUUGCUGAGGCUGCCAUGAGAAAGUACGACAGAGUGUGGCUGAAACAAGAGAAACUUAUUUUUUUAACAGUUCUGGAGGCUAGAAGUUCAAGGCCAAGGCCAGAUGUUGGCAAU